AUGAGGACCUGGCAGGACAUUUUUGCAGAAAAGAUUGCGGAACUGCACUUAUUGGAGCCAUGGACACUUCAGGAGGAUGAUACCCUGCAGGUGCAGGUCCUUGGGCCUGACUGGAAGGAGUUUGUGCAGCACCGUGCUCCUGGGAGGUUUCAGUGCUCCCAGUGCUUUCAUGUGUGGUCUUCGGCCAAAGUGCAUAUCCUGUUCCACAUGUGCCGAUGCCAAGGCUGGGGCGUGGUAUGGAUGCGAAUCUUUCGCCAGAAAUGUACGCACUGCCCCAACCCCCAGCUGGAGAAUCCUGACUUCAGCCUAGAGACUGUGGAAACGAUUCUGCACAACCUGGUGGUAAAGAUCCUCCAGUAUUUCUACAACAAGCCUGUCCAGCCAUGUGACCUCCUGGAAGUUGUGGUGGAUACACCCGUGGCGGGGCCACACAACAGUGCCCACUGUGAGGCCUGCCAGCAUGGCAUUUGCAACAAGUCACGGCCAGCCCUGGCAUCAGGUGCCUGGAAGCCCUUGACAGAUGUGGACAAGGCCAGGACCCAUCGCAUCAAGUCACAGCCGGCCCUGGGUGUGGAUAUCAAGAAGCUCUUGAGGGAUGUGGGCAAGGCCAAGACCCAUCGCACUCAGUCACAACCAGCCCGAGCAGGGUUUGCCUGGAAGCCCUUGACAGAUGAGGAUGACACCUUGAAACGCCAGGGAUUAACAGCCCAUGCGACCUCGACCCACGGCCCCUCACCCUGCAAUAGCAACUUCCCCUUGAAACGCUGCUGCUGCAUCAGCAGCAUUUUGCUCUGUGUUUUAGCAGUGAUUGUCUUUCUUGUGCUUUAUUUCACCAUAAUGUAA